AUGGCAGUUUCUUUAAGAACAUUACAAAGGUGGCCAUCUUUAAAUUUAGUUAGAGCAUCUUCUGGUUGGACUACAGCUCGUAAAGUAUUGCAAAAUGAAUUAAAUUCUAUUAAAGAAGCUGGUACUUGGAAAUCUGAGCGAGUCAUUACGACACCUCAAGCCGCCUACAUUAAAGUUGAGGGUGAUGACCGAAGUAUCCUUAAUUUCUGUGCUAAUAAUUAUCUUGGAUUAUCGUCCCAUCCAGAAGUUAUAGAAGCAGGGAGACAAGCUCUUAAAGAUUAUGGAGCUGGUCUUAGUUCAGUUCGUUUUAUUUGUGGAACACAGACCAUUCAUAAGGAACUUGAACAGAAAAUCGCUCGUUUCCAUAACAGAGACGACGCAAUACUCUAUGCUGCUUGUUUUGACGCCAAUGCUGGUGUAUUUGAAGCUUUGAUGCAGCCUGAAGAUGCUGUAUUCAGUGAUCAACUUAACCACGCCUCCAUCAUUGAUGGACUCCGCCUCUGUAAAGCUCAGAAACAUCGCUAUAAGCAUAAAGAUCUAACAGAGUUAGAAGGCAUGCUACAGGCAGACACAAAUUCUCGUAUGAAAUUACUUGUAACAGAUGGUGUUUUUAGUAUGGACGGCAACGUAGCUCCACUCCAAGGUCUCUGUGACUUAGCUGAUAAGUACAAUGCUAUGGUUUUUGUGGAUGAGUGCCAUGCAACUGGUUUUAUGGGGAAAACUGGAAGAGGCACAGAAGAACACCUGGACUGUGAAGGAAGAGUAGACAUAAUAAAUUCUACUCUUGGAAAAGCACUCGGAGGAGCGUCUGGAGGUUAUACCGUUGGGCCACAAGAAGUUAUCGAUUUAUUGCGGCAAAGAUCAAGGCCUUACCUCUUUUCUAAUACACUUCCACCUUCUGUAGUGGCUGGUGCUAGUAAAGUUUUUGAUCUGUUAAUGGAUGGAUCAGACUUGUGUGAGAAGUUACAACAGAAUACUAAGUAUUUUAGGGAGUGCAUGACUGAAGCUGGCUUUACAUUGAAAGGUGAUCAACAUCCUAUUGUACCAGUUAUGUUGGGUGAUGCUCGACUAGCCACAGAGUUUGCUAAUAAAAUGCUUGAAAAAGGCAUUUAUGUUGUUGGUUUCAGUUAUCCUGUGGUUCCGAAAGGAGAAGCUAGAAUACGUGUCCAGUUGUCAGCAGUGCAUGAUAUAAUAGAUAUUGAUAAAUGUAUUCAAGCGUUUAUUGAUGUUGGUAGAGAGAAAGGUGUACUUAAAUAG